AUGACAGCAGAAGAUAACCAUUUACGUAACGAAGAGUUGCUUGAAGAACACAUUGAUCGAUUUGAAUUUUCAAGACCUGAUGUACUAGCAUCCACUAAAUUAAAACCAACACAGGAAACUAGCCCAUCACAAGCCCUACACUACGUUCACAUGCGGACAGCAGCCGAGGGCGCGCGCGAGUUCCAUGAAAUUGACUCGCAGUUGACCACCGACGACCGCAAAAUUCUUGCGACGGCGUUCCUGCGGCAGGCUCAGGGCGAGUUUCUGGGUGCUGCUCUCGGCAUUGCCGGCGGCAUGGCGGCUCCACUUGUAGCAAACCAACUCUUGCGGCUCAAGUAUAAGAUGGCUUAUUCUCUGGCCGCUGGGCUUGUCACUGGUAUUCCUGGGUAUGUGGCAUCAGCAGCAGCAAUGCAAUCGUAUAAUGCAAGAAAGUUCAAAGAUAAUCAUGCCCGUAGCGAGGUUUGGAGGAUUCUUGGCGGCGCGUUACCAGUCUGGGGGUACGUCUAUUACCGAGCAACUUCUGAACGCUCCUCGGCUAUUUUACCAGAUCCCUCGGUGCUAGAUUGGAACGCCUAUCCAGCAUUCCCACAAGUUCUUGGAUGGUGUGCAUGGGGGACCGAGGGCUUGAAGAAACAAGCUGAGCAUGAAAAGGAAAAAAUGAACAAGUGGGAUGAAAUCUAUGCAGAGCACAAGGCCAAGGGGCUUGAAUGGAAACCACAAGAUCCAGGUGCCCAAAAACCAGAAAAAUAA